AUGAGUGGACUGGAAAUCCUGGAUUUUUGGGGGAUCACCAGAUAUUUAGGGCAUCGUAGCCAGUGGGAAAGACCAACACUUCAUGUGUCUGUUUCGCCUGAUGAUCUUGUAUUUAGAGGAGAAACUGUCUAUCUCACAUGUGUCAUCAAUGGAGGAGGACUCAGCAGCUGGCAGUACAGCUGGCAUAAAGAUUAUUCAAUUUACAACAUCAGUGACCUUCAGAAUUACACAAUCAGAUCUGUUACUGGGAAUCACACAGGUAACUACACCUGUAGAGGAACAGCAACCAACAGAUCAGAAUACUUAAACAUCAGUGAUGCAGUUACAUUAUCAGUUUCACUGCGAGGAAAGAUACGUGAACAAAACACUGAGAUGAGUGAUGCUGUUACACUGACUGUAUCAUCAGAUAAACCACAGACAGUUUUAAGUGUUUCUCCACAGCAGUGGUUGACUGAAGGAGAUUCAGUGACUCUGAUGUGUGAGGUUAUAAAUUCAUCUACAGGCUGGACAUUCAGCUGGUUCACUGUACAGAGUCUCUACUCAGUGAAUAAAUAUGACUAUCAGUUGGGGUCAAACAGCAGUGGAGGAUCUAAAGGCAUCUACACAGUGAGUUCAGUGACUGUGAAGCACACAGGAGUUUAUAUGUGCAGAGCAGAGAGAGGAGAUCCAGUCUAUCACACAGAGUACAGUAACAGAAAAAUACUGUGGAUCACUGGUGUUCCUCCUUCAGUCUCUCUGAUCAUCAGACCCAACAGAUCUCAACACUUCUUAUAUGAAUCUCUCUCUCUGAACUGUGAGGAUCACAGUAACUCUACUGGAUGGACAGUGAGAAGAUACACAGACAAACUGAAACCUUGUUCAUCAUCAGACUGGAGAUCUACAGGAACAACAUCUACAUGUACAAUCAGAUCUCUCCAAACAUCUGAUACUGGAGUGUACUGGUGUCAGUCUGAAUCUGGAGAGAAACUUCAUCCUGUUAAUAUCUCAGUACACAAUUCUGAUGUGAUUCUGGACAGUCCUGUUCAUCCUGUGACUGAAGGAGAUACUCUGACUCUACGCUGUUUAUAUCGACGUAACCGCCAAACUAAUUUUUAUAAAGAUGAAUCAGUCAUGCAGAGUGAGACCAAAGAAGACGUGAUGAUGAUCCCUACAGUCUUAAAGUCACAUGAGGGUUUCUACUACUGUGAACACACAGAGAGAGGAGAGUCUCCAAAGAGCUGGAUCUCAGUAAGAGAAGCUCAUGUGAAGAUGUCUGGACUCAAGAUUUUCAUUUUUCUGCUGGCAGUUUGUCCAUAUCUGAUAGCGACAGCCGUGUUGGUUUUCAAAUUCUACAGAUUGAAAGGAGAGAGGCCUGCCGAAGUGGUUUCCGCUGAACCUGUGCCCAUGGAUGUAACGAUGGAUCAUGAUUACUGUAGCAUUCCUGAGCCCUCUUUAUUAGACCUGGCAUGUGCUAAAACAGAAGAACUCUCCAAAGAAGUGGAGGAGCUGCAAAAACAGCUACAUGAGCCAAACGUUCAGCGUGAUUUCAGAUUGGAGCAGUUUACCGGCUCAGAUGAGGACAUCAGAUUUUACACAAGAAGACUUCUGCUUACAGGUUUCCCAGCUACCAUCACCUGGUGGAUAAUCGAGCCAUCUGUACACAAAAUCAUUUGCGUGUCCAGAUCUAAAUCUGCUGCUUCAAAGCAUGAAGAUAUCACACAUGUACUGCCACCAUCAGAGAGACAGCUCCUGCAGCCAAUCGAUGAGUUUUUUAUUUUCCUUAUCUACCUGUUAGUUGGUCUAAAGGAGAGAGACCUGGCACAUCGAUUUCAUAUGCAUCCUUCCACAAGUACAUCACAACAGAUUGAGUUACCAAACACUUUGUUUGUGGAGGUGGAAUGUCAGACUGAACCUCCAAACACAAAGUCAGUAGGAACACAGAAAGAACUGACACAGAUAUCUGUUGGCACACAGCUAUCUACUGGUACACUGAAAGAAACACACAGUAGGAGCAAAGGAUCACAAGCAACAGUUUCUUUAGAAAGUGUUGGCACAGAAACCACUACAGCUCUUUAUGAUCUACCAUUUUCAUCUACACCUGUAAAGCCUACUGGAUUUCGACCACUUAAAAGACCUAGACUGGAGUUGGAGGAAGAAGAGGAGGAGGAGGAAGAAGAAGAAGAAGGGUCAGUGAGAGAACCUCAUGACUCAACCUUUAAUCCUGGUGACUCUACAAUAUCUGAGGAAUCUGAAAUUUCGUUUGUGCAGAGGACAAUCUAUGGUGAUAACAAGUUCAUUGUGUUUGAAACCUGUCUGCGUGAGCUGUUUGCCACAUGCCCGAUUUGUAAAAACAAGUGUGACGUGAGUUUACGCCGGAUGGGUACAUAUGUGGCAUUCCACCAGCUUUGCCCCAAGUGUAGUUACCAAAGGCAAUGGGAGAGCCAGCCCACUGUUGGUAGCAUGCCGGUCGGAAACCUUCAGUUGUCUGCAGCCACUUAUUUUACCGGAGGAUCAUUCAUCCAAGUACAAAAGAUUUGCAAGGGGAUGCAAUUACAAAUUUUUACGUACGAAACCUUCCGGAGACAUUGCAGGAGCUUCCUGGAGCCUGCCAUAAUCCACAAAUGGAAAAGUGAACAACAAAACCUUUUCCAGAAGUUUAGACAGAGUGGAAAGAUUGGCCUCGCCGGAGAUAUGCGUGCAGACUCACCCGGACAUUCAGCGAAAUAUGGUAGUUACACGUUGAUGCACACCGAGAGCAACACCAUUUUGGACACACAACUUGUUCAGAGCAAUGAAGUCGGCGGGAGUUACCAUAUGGAGAAAGAAGGUCUAAAGAGAUGUCUUGAUCAUCUGGAGUCCAGUGGCUUAACAGUCGACUACAUUGUGACUGACCGUCACCCUCAGAUACAAAAAUAUUUGAGAGAACGCAACAUAAUACAGUUCAGCGAGCAAAGUGCCCUUUUUAUUUUUUGA